AUGAGUGAUAUGGCCUCUCAAGUUGGCGGAUCAAGUACACCAUCUGGAAUAAGUGGCAAUAUGCAUACGGAAUUGGGAGGAAAGAUUGCAAGAGCUGCAUAUGAUAGUACUGGAAGGGAAGGUUCUCCCAAGCGUAUGAAAAUUCAGGCUGAAAAGUCCCUGGACAGUAUCCCAAUUGAGGCCUAUCUCAAAUAUGCCUUAAGUGAUUCAUUUUUCCCCCCCAAAUCCUUGAGAAAGGAAUUGGACAAGCGUUUGGUGAGAGUUUUUACUGAAGGUCAGUUUGGUGAGCCUGGAGAAGAUGGGCGAAUCCGUAAACUUCUUGAUGCAACAAUCCUCGAAGUUAUGGAGAUAGCAUCUGAUCCACGGCUCAAGUCACUUGAGGACUAUCUUAAAGAUGCAUGUCAAAUCACUGGAAUAGCACCGGAAGGGAUCCCACGCCUGGGGAGAUACCUUUUACAAAAUUUGGAUGACAUUGGUGAACCUGGAAAAGAAGGUCGUGCACACAUGCUGGUUGUUACAUCCAAGUUUCCAUGGUGCAAUUAUGGAGAUAUGACACAGAUGUCUAUCCAAAAACCCACAGAUCUCGAUAGCUUUGUGCCAAAUGCAUUUGCAAGAUGGAAGAUGCUUUGGGUGGAACGGUCCAUUAACAAGGUUUCCUUGAAAGAAUAUUCUGGAGCUUUGAAAGAGCUCUUCAAGCUUGAUAAGUACAAUCAAGAUGAUCUCAUAAAAGAUUUGAACUUUAUGGGACAACCUGCAAGCAAAAACUGGGCCAACGAUCUGACCAGGAACAUCCUCUAUCAUUUUGAAGUUUCAGAUAUUCCUUUAAAAUAUCACAAGUCACUUGCAAAAUAUGGUUGGGAUUUUGUUACAAAUGAAGUGCUUAUAGACCUCCAUCAAAUUCUUUCUGGAUUCUCCCGUAAAAACAAGGCUCCUCUGGAAAACUUGGAAUCAGAUGAAGGCAGUCUCCUUGACAUGGAUACAGAUGAAAUUCUCAGAAAUAUGUCCUUGGAUGAUUUGAUUAAAAUGGCACCAGACCUUUUUGGUUACACAAAUAAGAAUGAAUUACAGGUUGCUCUAAGAAGUGAUCUAGAGUUGGUCAAUCAACAGGGUACAAUUGGGAAACCUGGGGACAUAGAUUGGCCCAAGAAGCCAAUUUUGUUUAUUGGCACAUUUCUGAGUAGACAAAAGAAUUUAAAAAGGGUUGAAGUCUUGAGCAAAAUUUCGCUGAAGGAUGCUCUUAGACUAGAGGCCAGGCCGCAGGCUUCAAAACUUUUCUCUUGA